AUGUCUGAUAACGCUAUUAAGAUUUUUACCGGCAACUCUCACCCUGAACUUGCCAAGCUUGUUGCUAGCCGUAUUGGUAUUGAUUUGGCCAAGGCUGUUGUAAUGAAAUAUUCCAACCAAGAGACCUCUGUCACUGUUGGUGAGUCUGUUCGUGACGAAGACGUGUUUAUUAUUCAAUCUGGUUGUGGUGAAAUCAAUGAUAAUUUAAUGGAACUCUUGAUCUUAAUCAACGCCUGUAAGACUGCUUCUGCCCGUAGAAUCACUGCCGUUAUCCCUUGUUUCCCUUAUGCUCGUCAAGACAAGAAGGACAAGAGUCGUGCUCCCAUCACUGCCAAAUUGACUGCUAAUAUGUUGACUGUUGCUGGCGCUAACCAUGUCAUUACGAUGGAUCUUCACGCUUCUCAAAUUCAAGGAUUCUUUAACAUUCCCGUUGACAAUUUGUACUGUGAACCCUCUAUGAUUAAAUACAUUCGCACAAAGAUCCCUGACUGGACAAAUGCCAUCAUUGUGUCUCCUGAUGCUGGUGGUGCUAAGCGUGCUACUUCCAUCGCUGAUCGUCUUGAACUUGAUUUUGCUUUGAUUCACAAAGAACGUAAAAGAGCUAAUGAAGUUUCUCGCAUGGUCUUGGUUGGCGAUGUGACUGGAAAGAUUGCCAUCUUGGUUGAUGAUAUGGCUGAUACUUGUGGUACACUUGGUUUGGCUGCAAAGACUUUGGUUGAGAAUGGUGCUGUUAAGGUAUAUGCUAUUGUUGCUCAUGGUAUUCUUUCUGGAAAAGCUAUCAAAGUGAUCAAUGAAUCAGUUAUUGAAAAACUUGUUGUUACCAACACAAUUCCUCAUCAAGACAAGAUGGCUAUUUGUCCUAAGCUUGACAUUAUUGAUAUCUCACCUACACUUGCUGAAGCCAUUCGUAGAACCCAUAAUGGUGAAUCAGUUUCUUACCUUUUCUCUCAUGCUCCUGAAUAA